AUGGAUUACGCAAUAGGGUGGAAUCGUUUCAACUUGUCGGUAUUAGGAGUUUGGCCCGAACCUUCGAAGACGACGUUACUCUGGCGAUUAACGUCAGCCGGAAUCUUUUGGACGAGCACGACCGUGACAUUUUUAUUCAUAUGUGCGCCACAAACGACAGAUCUGAUUUUGAAUUCUACCACUCUGGACGAAGCUAUAGAAAAUUUAUCCAUCAACAUACCAAUAGCUUUCGCUUUGAUCAAGCAAAUCGUUUUGCGGUAUCACGGAGAAGCUUUAAAAUCAUUACUCGUCGACAUAGUCAACGAUUGGGCUCAGUCCUUACCGGAACCAGAACGCUUGACGAUGUUGAAAAAUGCUAAAAUGAGUCGAAGGAUAUCUCUUUUUUGUUCCACUCUGACAUACCUAAUGUUGACCGCCUUCAUAUCGCUUCAAACUUAUGCGAAUAUGGCCAGUGCCUCCGAAGUCGAUCUAGGAGGACUUUUGCAUCCAGCAACCUUCCCGUACGACAUCAAGAAAAGUCCCUACUUCGAGAUCACUUGGAUGGGACAAUUCAUGGGAACGGUUCUGACGGCCAUUUGUUACUCUUGCUUCGAUACUUUUCUCGCAGUUUUUGUUUUGCAUUUGUGCGGACAACUGUCGGUCUUGCAACUGAAUUUGAAAGAAUUGGCAGAGGUAGCAAAACGUGACAUCAGUUUAUUUCAGAAUAAACUCGGCUUCAUUGUGAACAGGCACAACGAACUGUACAGAUUCGCCUUAAUAGUAGAGAGUUGUUUCAACCUUACUCUACUCGGACAAACUUUGAUUUCGACGGCUAUGUUUUGCUUGACGGGAUAUCGUAUGAUCACGUCGAUAGGCUCGCAGGAACAAGAUUUGCCGAUAGUAGGAAUGAUAUUUUUCAUCAUUCACGUGAUAUACACGAUGUUGCAUUUAUACAUAUAUUGUUACGUCGGUGAAACUCUUCUGAUAGAGAGCACUGGAAUAGCUUUCUCCGCUUACGAUUGCGUAUGGUACGACUUGCCACCAAAAAAGGCAAUGUGCCUGAUGAUAGUAAUUUGUCGAGCAAGAAUAGCAUUUCAAAUCACGGCUGGGAAAUUCAGUCCAUUUUCUUUAGAACUGUUUGGUGCUAUUAUGAAAACGUCCGCCGGAUAUUUAUCGGUAUUACUAGCUGUAAAAGAAGGUCCGGUGGAAGAGUAAAGAAAUAUAUUUUGUUUAUAACGAACAAGCGAUUCAUGAAUCCGAAAG